UUGGAUCUAAUGCUUAACACUCUCUCUCUAAAUUCAAAAGCCAUAAAUAAAAUCCAAUGAGCAUGAUAGCGAUGGACGGCAAAUGGAAGUACACGACGGCGGAGAUCGCCCCCAGCUGCCCCCGCUGCGCCUCCUCCAACACCAAAUUCUGCUACUACAACAACUACAGCCUCUCCCAGCCCCGCUACUUCUGCAAGGCCUGCCGCCGCUACUGGACCAAGGGCGGCUCCCUCCGCAACGUCCCCGUCGGCGGCGGCUGCCGCAAAUCCCGCCGCGCCCGCCGCCACUCCUCCUCCGCCUCCACCCCCUACGCCGCCCCCGCCCCCGCCGCCCCCUGCAUUGACAUGGCCGCCGUCUUCGCCAACUACGUCACCCACGGCAGCGCCGAGUCGUCGCUCAGCCCCGCCGCCGCCAGCACCGGAUCGUCCUCCGACGACGUUACGACGCCGUUUGGUUUGAUUGGAGAUGAUCAGCUGCAGCAGCAGGUGAUGCCUAAGAUGUCCACGUGUCAGGAUGUUAGUAGCCAGGAGUUUUAUGGGUUUGAGAUGCAGCAGGAGGAUAUUUUGUGGGAGGAAGGUACAACUCUGCCGAGCUUCGCGUACCAGCAGCAGCCGAUGGUGCAGGUGGAAGACUGUGGGCUGUUAACACCGGAUGAUUGGGGCGCUUUUGAUCUCGCCUCCUAUGAUUUUUACUCCACCCUUGAUUUAUUAAAUGGGAAGGAUUAUUAAUUAUUUUAAUUCCUAAUUUUUCUUUCCCUUUUCAAAUCCUUUUUUUUCUCUCUUGAUUCUUGGAAGUUAAAUGUCACAAUUCCAUGAAGGGGACUAGUGGCAAAAUAUAAUGAUGUCUAUAAAAUAUUAUAUUAUACUUUAUGAGAGAAUAAUGAAAUUUUGUCCUAUUUCUUCA